CUCUCCUCUCCUCUCCUUGGGAGGUGCUGCAGCCGAGUGCGCCCCUCUGCUCCUUAUGUAGUGUGCAGCGGAACGCUCCGUCCACGCACUGCCUUUUACGCGCCCGACGUGAUUGCAACAAGCGAAGCCGCUUGGAUGGAGGCGGGACUCGAUAAUUGUUCACUCUCUCCUCUAUGAUGCCUUGAUUCCCCCUCCGGUGAUUGUGAUUUUGAAAGGAAUUACAUUUUUCUGAACCCCCGGCACCCCUCCCGACUACACUCGACAACAUGCGGGGAGCGCGUUAUUUGCGCGGCGUCCGUGGCUCGCUUUCGGUCGUGGCGGCUUGACUACUCCGGGGUCAGGGGGGGCAACCCGGCUCACUUCUCGGUUGGAAGAAGAGGACUUUGCAUGACCGGCAAGCCAUGGAGGGACCUGCCUUGAGAGGACCUAACGCCCAUUUUUAGGCUCUUUUUGGUUUACUUCUUUUCACAUCCAAGUUGUGCUCCCACUGGCCUUACCAUCGCCAUGGCUGAGAAGCUGGGGCUCGCUGGGCUCAAGCCCGCCAACAUCCUGUCUGCUCCCUCUGUGCCCCCAGAACCUAUUGAAAUCAUUCGCACCAAAGCCCGCUCCCGCCGAGUCCGCCUUAACGUAGGGGGUCUGAACCAUGAGGUCCUGUGGCGGACUCUGGACCGGCUACCGAGGACCCGGCUUGGCAAGCUGAGAGACUGCAACACUCAUGAGUCCCUGAUGGAAGUGUGCGACGACUACAGCCUGAACGAGAAUGAGUACUUCUUUGACAGGCACCCGGGGGCCUUCACUUCCAUCCUGAAUUUUUACCGUACUGGUAAAUUACACAUGAUGGAGGAGAUGUGCGCCCUUUCGUUUGGCCAGGAGUUAGACUACUGGGGAAUUGAUGAGAUCUAUCUGGAGUCCUGCUGCCAGGCCCGUUACCACCAGAAAAAAGAACAGAUGAAUGAGGAGCUGCGCAGGGAGGCGGAGACGAUGAGGGAGCGAGAGGGAGAGGGAGAAUUUGACAACACCUGCUGCCCGGACAAGAGGAAGAAGCUGUGGGAUCUCCUGGAGAAGCCCAGCUCCUCUGUGGCUGCCAAGAUUCUGGCCAUCAUAUCAAUCCUGUUCAUCGUCCUCUCCACCAUCGCUCUGUCUCUCAACACCUUACAGGAUCUUCAGGUGAUAGAUGAGUAUGGAAACGCCAACGACAACCCCCAGCUGGCGCACGUGGAGGCCGUGUGCAUCGCCUGGUUCACCAUGGAGUACCUCCUCCGCUUCCUCUCCUCUCCCAACAAGUGGAAGUUCUUCAAAGGUCCGCUGAAUGUCAUCGACCUGUUGGCCAUCUUACCUUACUACGUCACCAUCUUCCUGACGGAGUCCACCAGCAAGAACAUGCUGAAGUUCCAAAACGUGCGCCGCGUGGUACAGAUCUUCCGCAUUAUGAGGAUAUUGAGGAUCUUGAAGUUAGCCAGGCACUCCACGGGACUCCAGUCUCUAGGGUUUACCCUGAGGCGGAGCUACAACGAACUGGGCUUGCUCAUUCUAUUCCUCGCCAUGGGCAUCAUGAUAUUCUCCAGCUUGGUCUUCUUUGCUGAGAAAGACGAAGAUGCCACCAAAUUCACCAGUAUCCCCGCCUCGUUCUGGUGGGCCACCAUUACCAUGACUACGGUGGGCUACGGGGAUAUUUACCCGCAGACUUUGCUAGGAAAAAUAGUUGGCGGGCUUUGCUGCAUCGCCGGAGUCCUCGUCAUCGCCCUGCCCAUUCCCAUUAUCGUCAACAACUUCUCCGAGUUCUACAAGGAGCAAAAGAGGCAGGAGAAGGCCAUUAAGAGGCGAGAGGCACUGGAAAGAGCCAAGCGUAAUGGCAGUAUUGUGUCAAUGAACCUUAAAGAUGCCUUCGCCCGCAGUAUGGAGCUAAUGGACGUGGUGGUGGAGAAAGAAGAGGAUAAAACCUCCCUAGACAACCACCUGGCGCCGAACCGCUGGGGAGGCUCCACCCGAUCCACCACGUCGGAAACCAACCUCAAAUUCCCGGAUAAAAGAACCCCAGAGUCUGUGGGGCAGAGUUCCCCCCGUCGUAUCACCAUCACCACCACCGGGAGUCCGCAAUGGACCAGCAGAUCGCCACAACAUCUUAAUGUGCAAAAACUGGAGGAGAUGUACAACCAGAUGACGAAGUCGCAGUCCUUCACCAACCUGAACACAGCAAGCUCCAUGAGCACGCCGAGCACCAACAUGACCGCCCUUGGCUCGCCCAAGAGGUCCCACGGCCCGGAAGCCACAUCAAAGGAGGAGGUGGAGAUGAAGGAGGUCCGGGCUACUUUGGAAGCCAGAAGGGAGAACAGACACCUCUGUGUGCCUCUUGAGCUGAAGCCUCCUGAAAAGCAGAAUCCUGUAGACAACAUCCUCAAAGAUGGCUUCUAUGGAUCAGGUGACGGCUCUGACCUCCACAUAGAGGAAGGCGAGAGCUUCAGCACCGCUGUAGAAAACAUCCAAAAGUCUCUCAGAGGGAACAACCCUCUCAAAAUACAAGUCAGCAGGACAUCUACGGAGGGCCCGCCGACACCGCCCAGCACCACAUCCCCAGGGGACAUCAGCUGCGGCAUCCUGGAGGAGGAGACACCCGAGGGGGAGAUGUCGCCUCUCAUUGCUAGUUCCGAGGUGCUACUCCCUCCCACAGAAGAGGAUGAGGAGGCCCUGUUGUCCCCAAAGCACUUGGUGGUCGAUACCCCACCCGGUGAUGAUGACCCAUCCUCUGAGAAGCACCUGAUGGACGUGGCAGGUGCUUCCUAUGGGCCUUCAUCACCUAAGGCAGGUGCACAGAACUGCGGCCAAGGUGGGGUCGGAGUUCCCGAGGGGGCGGACAGCAACCAAAGUGGACACAAAGUGGAGAACCACAUGUUUACGACCGACAUCCACAUGAUACCAGGCGACGGUAGUUUGUCGCCGACUUGUGAAACCAGCAUGUGACUGCGAGGGGAGACCCUUUGAGGGUCGCCAACCUCGGGGGGCAGAUGACAGACAUUGAUAUUUUUGCAUGGCAUGGCGAGUCCCUUUUACUUGUACUGUGAAUGGCUGAAGAAAGCAGGACGGAGUCCACCACACUAAUGCAGACUUUUCCCACCUGUACAUAACUCAACGAACUCGGAUGUAAAAAUACAAAAAACAAAGCAUGCAUUUCAGAAGACUAUUUUACGGUGCUUAGUUUGCUGAAAGCGCUCCACUGUAAAUAAAUUAACCAUUAUUAGCAAUGUGAAAAGGGGGCGGGGCAGACCCACAAACUGGGUGUUACAUUGUAGCGAGCUAUUCAAAACGAGAAAAAAAAUGACAUAUCAUUCAUGACCUUUUGUGUAUAACGUGUUCCUCUGUAGCGUUUCUUUUUCUGUGUGUUUGCUUCGCCACGUUUCAGUCCAGCGUCCCCUUGCGAAAACGACAAGUAAUCUACGGGGGAAAAAAGCAUUUUUAAGCUAGUUUUGUCCUCUUUACUCGUCAUUCAAAUGGCUAAAAAUGUACCCUCCAGCAUAUAUACCUUUUUAAAAGUAGUUUUAAGAGUCGAUGAAUAACUACAGUAGUUCUAAAACAGUAGAUUAAGAUCCAUAAUGAAAUUAGGAGUAUUUAUAAAUGAGCUGGUCAAUAUAUAUGCUUUAUAAUAAUUAUCUAUUCCAUGAAAUAUCAAUGGACCAAACAGAUAUAACAACAUAUAGUAAUGACAAUUACAGUACAUUAUUAUUUGUUCUUGUUUUUUUAUUUAUUUAUUGCCAUUUUCAGUCCAACUUAAACCCAAGUGAUUGAUUUUUAUUAUGCUGAUGAUUUCUUUCUUUUUCACAGAAUAUCUCUUCUGUUUGUUGCAUUUGAUUCCAAUUUAUUGCUGGGAUUUUUCAUCGUCGACACUGAAAUGGAUGCAUGACGUUGCUUUUGUAUUAUUUAUUCUGUUUUCUCACAGAGAGGCGUGGAAUGUGCAAUACCGCUUACUGCAAAACUAUGCAGGCCAAGAAUCGUGGCACUUUAUUUUCUGUCUGUCUUUGGGGUUUGUUAUGUACAGACAGAAAUGUAUUUUUCAUAUAUGUAUGUGAGGCAAAACAGUAUUACAAAAAACAGACUCUCACAAUAAUUAGCUUUUUAAUGGUAGAACCAAUUUGUGUCGAGUGGG